GAGAGGUGCAAUCAAAAGAACAUAUGCACAUGGAAAUAUGUAGCUACUUAUAUCUUUAUUAAAGAAAGAAAAAAAGAGUUACAGAGUUACACGUUUGUUUUAUUGCCUUGGCUUUUAGGCAGUAACAAGCCAUCAGGAACGCGCUGAAAUAAUGUCAGACAUGUGUUUUAUGUCACACCCUCUGUGGCAACCAAAUAAAGUUCAGUUUCCGAGAGAAAAAAAAAUAACAGCGCUGGAUUUUACGACGUUACUGAGCGUCCAUCAAAGUAAACACGACCUGCGCUAUUAUCACUUUGUCCCAUGAGCUGAGGCUAAAACAUUGUUAGAAUAUUAUCCCUGGAAGUUAAGUUUUAUUUUAUGCUCAAGACUUAAGGUGAAUCAUGAGCAGCAGCUACAGUGUCUCCCUGGCUGGUCCUGCCCCGUGGGGCUUCAGACUGCAAGGAGGGAAGGACUUCUGUUUGCCCCUCACUAUCUCACGGCUCACUGAUGGGGGCAAGGCGGCCAAAGCCAAGAUGUGUGUUGGAGACAUCAUUCUGUCCAUCAAUGGCAUUUCCACAGACAGCAUGAAUCACCUAGAGGCCCAGAACAAGAUUAAGGCCUGCACAGACCAUCUCAGCCUCACUCUACAGAGACCCUCCAGUGCCCCCGAAGAUGGAGUACCUAAGGAUGAACCUCAAGAAAUCAUUAAGCCUGUCCCUAUCACUCACCCUGCCCCAAGCACCACAUACACCAAGCCAUCGACUCAGCCCAGUCCCGCGUACAACAAGACUGCCCGGCCUUUUGGCGGUGGCAGCGUUGUGGUCACUGCUUCUGCCUCCCCGGAUGCCCCCAAAGUAGCCACCAUUCCCUCCGCAUCGUCUGCUUUCACGCCAGCUGCCCCAUCUCAGCCGCCACAGCCUCCCUUUCCGCUGAGGUCAAGCCCUGCUGCCCCAGACUCAGCUCCAGCAAACUCCGUUCCCAGGCCCAGCCCUAGUCGCUCCGCCAUCAACACCCCUUACGCAUCUUCCUCCUCAUCUAACUCCUCCUCUCCAGCCAGAGUGACAGCCCCCUCCUCCCAUCCUAAUGUCCCACAGCCCUCCGUCUAUAACACACCUAUCAACCUCUACUCCAACACCAAUGCUUGUGAGGUGGCUAUGGGACAGAGACGAGGUCUUUUGGAGAGCCAGGGCUUGUCAGAGCACUUCAAUGGGAAACCUGACGUGGAGCCUGGAAAUCAUGCAUCCCCACUGAGCGAUGCCAGCAAGAAGCGCCUGAUCGAGGACACGGAGGACUGGCACCCACGAACCGGCACCUCCCAGUCCCGCUCUUUCCGGAUUCUGGCCCAGCUCACUGGCACUGAAAAUGAGCAAGCUCCAGAGACCAGUGGAAAGAAUGAGGCAGUUGACAAAACUACUCCCACCGUGCACACCUUGCCUUCUGCAAAAACAUACUCCAAAUCCGCUGCAGCACCCAAGAAUGGCAACGUCAGCUCUGCUUCCACAUUCAAGAGUCCAGCAGCCCAGAACAAGCCUUCCUUCCAGCCUGGAGGUCCAUCAGGUUUCCCAAAGGGAGGAGCAGUGCCUUCCUUUGGCAAAGUUGCCAACCCUGCUCCCAAAGGUCCAGACCGCCCCACUCCACAGCCACAUCCACAGGACCUCAACUCUCUGGUGCAGCGUGCUGAGCACAUCCCAGCUGGCACACGCACUCCAGUGUGCAACAAGUGCAACAAUGUCAUCAGGGGCCCAUUCCUUGUAGCCAUGGGCAUGUCAUGGCAUCCUGAGGAAUUCACCUGUGCUCACUGCCACUCCUCCCUGGCAGACCAUGGAUUUGUGGAGGAGAGGGGCCAGGUGUACUGUGAACGUUGCUAUGAGCAGUUCCUCGCUCCCACCUGCGCCCGCUGCCAGCAGAAGAUUCUGGGAGAGGUGAUGAAUGCCCUGAAACAGACCUGGCACGUGUCCUGUUUCAUCUGUGUUGCCUGCCAACAGCCAAUCAGAGGCAACAUGUUUCACAUGGAGGAUGGACAGCCGUACUGUGAAAAAGAUUACUACAACCUGUUUGGGACCAACUGCCAUGGGUGUGAUUUCCCCAUUGAGGCUGGGGACAAGUUCCUGGAGGCUCUAGGAUUCACCUGGCAUGACACCUGCUUUGUGUGUGCGGUCUGCUCUACUAAUCUGGAAGGUCAGCCGUUCUUCUCCAAAAAAGACAAGCCUCUCUGCAAGAAACAUGCCCACACUGUCAACGUGUGACCUGCCCACCAUGAAUAUGAAUAUGGGAUGAGGCAAAGGUGUCCUUUUAUAGCAAUUUAUAUGCCAGUCAGAUGUUGUUUUCAGAGUUGAAACUGAUCUUAUCGAUCGGUUUCUGUUAGAGUAACAUUAAGUCAGAGUUUCCACUGUAAGCUUUAGUUUGGUUCUAAUAUUUUCCUAUCAGUUUUACAGAUGAAUAUGCGUGGGUGCAUUUUAACACACUGUUAGUCCCCUGUCAGUUCAAAUGGAUUUUUAAUACACGUGCUUGUGCUGACCUUUUUAUUUGCUUUGGAUGUGCUUUAAGCUCUUGAUGAGGCAUUUCUGUUUCAUACAAGAAAAGGAUAGUUUACUGCAAUGACAUACCGAGCCGCUCGGGGGUCACAGACAGUAUUAGGAAAACAAUAUUGACAUGGAAGCCUAUGCUAUUAGUACAGCAGGUGAAAGGUUUAGAAAUUAUCAUUAUUUAACCUUAAGGGGAAAAGUUAUUUAUUUGUAAACAAGGAAAGAACUGGGCAUCUGGCCUCAAGAAUAAAAAUGGGAAAUGUUAAUAUUAUAUUAGUAUUUUUUAUUGUUUGAAAGUAAUGUGGUAUGUACGUAACCACUCCCAGUAAAUGAAAGCACAAAACGUGUGCAGCAGAGUAUAAAUUAGACACUGUACAGGUCAUGCUUUAUUGUUCAUGCAUAAAGAUUAUAUGCAGGGAUUAAAUUCAGUCUCGUCAUUAAUGUGACUCUGUAACAGGUCGAGUUGCGCCGUUGUCGCGUUGUUGUAUAUUUUGUAAUGCCUAAUAAUUCAGGGGCAAACUGGCUCAUGAGCAUGUUUCCAGUGAAACUGUAUGUCAUUCAGCCAGUUCUUAAUUUGAAUCAUUUGUUCAAUUAAAACAAAACAAUAUUAAUAUAUUUUUUAUGAUUUCUUUUGUCAUGCAUACAUUUCUUUGAAUAGAAAACAAUUGUAUGUACUUUUGCAAUGGAUUUUUCUCUUUGGACACUGCAUAAAUAAGCAUCUCUCUUCAGUUCUUACUUCCAUUUCAAUAAAAGGGUUCAACGUUGAAUACCAUAAUCAAA